AAUAAUGGAUCAGAGAGAGAGAGUAGAAAGGCAAAAGAAGAUCAGAAUGAGGGAAAGUUGUUCAACACUGUUAUAUCGAAUGGUGGUGGUGGGGUUAAAGAGGAGUAUGUAUAUAGGACUAAAUCCAAAGAACGCAAAAUGUUGGCGGAUUUUAGCAGCUUCCCACAGCUCACUGCGAUGUUGGCUUUCAGGGCAAGAAUGAGGAAGAAGAGCAAGAGAGGAAAUAGAAACAAGAAGAGGAAGAAGCAGCAAAUGAUACCUCUUUCUGUAGGUCCAAAUGCAAUGGUAUGUUCUAAUACUAAUUUCACACAUUUUUUUAAAGAACUAUGGAUUUCAGAUUGUUAG